AUGGACGGCCUUUGGGAUCUUGACGUCAGGAACGCCCUGUCGCUCAUCACGGCAGCAGGCGACUGCGCCGAGCAGUUCUCGCGCAAAACGGACCCGGGCGACAGACACACCUAUGGCACUAUCAUGCGUGCGAAGCUGGACUCUUUGAGAAAGACCAUAGCAAACCUAGAGCUGACGCUCCGUGACAUGUCAAGCGGAACGGUGCCCCCUGCGGACCUUGACGCGCGCAGAGAACAGCUGGACGGCAUCAAGCGCUCGUACCAGGAAUUAGAAGGGGUCCUGAGUCCAGCAGGAAACCAUGCGUCGCUCCCUGCUGCGCAACCGAUGACUCCAAAGCGCCAACUCGACCACAUGUCACGCGAAGAGCUCUACAACUAUCGGAACUCGAUGAUGCGAGCUCAGGACAACGAGCUGGAGAUGCUGGAUUCGACCGCAGGCGCAAUACACAGCAUCAGCACCCACAUCAAGGAGGAAGUCGACUACCAUAACGACCUACUGGGUGACCUCGAGAACGCGAUGGACACCUCACAUACCUUGGUGUCACGCAACAGAGCAGCGCUCGCAGCGAUGAUCGAGCGCAGCAGCAAGGGACGACUGACGUUUUACAUCGUCGUGCUCACCAUUAUAUUGAUUCUCGUGAUUGUUCUAUAG